UGCCCGGAUCCGCUGCGCCGUUUGCCCGUUACAGGUCUUUUUCUGUGUAUUAAAAUUAGCACUUAACUGGCAAAGGCGGGGUUACUGCCUUCAACUGCCACUGUGUUGUAACCGCCGCCCUGCCCGCAGCACCGCCCGGCUAAUGAAUAUUCAUGUAUUGCCUUACUAUGUUGUCACAAACUGCCUACACCCUUACUUCAGCGCUGCUCCGGACGAAUGAAGCAGCGCUGAAGACCGCUUCCGGGUGUAGUGAGAAAUCCCGCACAUGCGCAGUAGCGUCCGGGACUCGGCCGAUAUGAGACAACAUAGUAAGGGAAUAUAUGAAUAUUCAUUAGCCGGGCGGUGCUGCGGGCAUGGCGGCGGUUACAACACAGUGGCAGUUGAAGGCAGUAACCCCGCCUUUGUCAGUUAAGUGCUAAUUUUAAUACACAGAAAAAGACCUGUAACGGGCAAACGGCGCAGCGGAUCCGGGCAAGGGGCCUGACGAAGCACCAAAGGGUGCGAUACGGCUGUGGCCCUGACGUCUGAUGCCCCCAGUAACAUCUCAGCCUCCCCGUCCUCCCACCGCCUGACCGCGAUGUUACAUGUCUGAUCUCCUGGAACUGAUAAAGUUAUGAAGGGGUGAACCCAACAAUCUGCAGUAGAAAACACAGAAGCAAGGCUAACAAUAAGGCAGCUACGGUGAAUCUGGAAAGACUUAUGAACACAAACAGAAGCAUCUAAUGCUGGAGCACCCAGACAUCAGGCCACUGGAACGUUCCGGAGAAGAUGUAGACAUCAUAUUUGCACGUCUUAAAGAAGUGAAGGCUUUCGAGAGAUUCCAUCCAAAUUUACUGCAGCAGAUCUGCUUCUGUGGCUAUUAUGAGAGCUUGGAGAAGGGGGUUACGUUGUAUCGCCAAGGUGACAUUGGGACGAGUUGGUAUGCGGUGCUUACAGGAUCCUUGGAUGUCAAAGUGACCGAGACAAACAGCCAUCAGGAUGCAGUCAUCAUAUGCACGCUGGGAGUCGGAACCGCUUUUGGAGAGUCAAUACUGGAUAACACACCCCGCCAUGCCACCAUUGUUACCAGGGAAUACAGCGAGCUCUUACGGAUUGAACAGAAGGACUUUAAGGCACUGUGGGAGAAAUUUCGACAGUACAUGGCUGGUUUUUUGGCUCCUCCAUACGGCGUUCUUGAGACCGGCUCUAAUGACAGGAUAUCUGACAAAGAAAACAUGAACAGCGGCAUGUGCUCGGGAUCGAAAAACUGUAACAAGACCCCACUCAUUGAAAAUCAAAACACGCUUCGUCCAGCUAAAACCAUUACAGAGGUAAUGGGAUGUCGGGAAGUGGCUAAGGUCCCUUCUGAACGGAUCCUCAGGGCUGGGAAGACUUUACGCAAUGCUAUCCUUUCCCGUGCACCUCACAUGAUCAGAGAUCGUAAAUACCAUCUCAAAACAUACAGGCAGUGUUGUGUAGGAACUGAACUGGUGGACUGGCUGAUGCAGCAAAGCUCAUGUGUUCACUCCCGGACGCAAGCGGUGGGCAUGUGGCAGGUCCUACUGGAGGAGGGAGUUCUUAACCACGUUGACCAGGAAUACUACUUCCAAGACAAAUACUUGUUCUAUCGUUUCCUUGACGAUGAACAUGAAGAAGUGCCUAUGCCGACCGAUGAAGAGAAAAGGGAUAGUGAGGAAGACCUCCAGGAUACUUUUCUACUCUUGUCUCAAAUAGGACCUGAUGCACACAUGAGAAUGAUCCUCAGAAAACCGCCCGGCCAGCGGACGGCAGAUGAUCUAGAAAUUAUUUUCGAAGAACUUAUUCACAUUAAAGCCUUAUCUCAUCUCUCCACCACGGUUAAAAGGGAACUGGCCGGAUUUUUAAUCUUUGAAUCUCACCCAAAGGCGGGAACAGUGUUGUUUAAUCAAGGAGAAGAAGGGACGUCCUGGUAUAUCAUCUUAAAGGGAUCAGUAAAUGUCGUCAUCUAUGGGAAGGGUGUGGUUUGUACUUUACAUGAAGGAGAUGACUUUGGCAAGUUGGCAUUAGUAAAUGAUGCCCCCCGGGCGGCAUCAAUUGUCCUGCGAGAAGACAACUGCCACUUUCUAAGGGUGGACAAAGAGGACUUCAACAGAAUCCUGCGUGACGUUGAAGCAAAUACUGUGAGGUUAAAGGAACAUGAUCAGGAUGUCUUGGUGUUGGAGAAGAUCCCAUCUGGCCAACAACCGUCAGCUCAAGUAAACACGCAGUCACCAUAUAAGUACACGGUGAUGUCCGGGAAUCCAGAGAAAAUUUUGGAACACUUUUUAGAAACAAUGCGACUGGAGCCUAGCAUGAAUGAAUCGAUGGAUUCGGCUUUAGAUGACUUCAUUAUGAUGCAUUGUGUGUUCAUGCCCAAUGUUCAGCUCUGCCCGGCCUUGAUGUCUCAUUACCAUGCCCAACCUUCCCAAGGGACGGAGCAGGAGAAAAUGGAUUAUGCCAUCAAUAACAAACGUAGAGUCAUCCGAUUGGUACAACUUUGGGCCAACUUGUACGGUGACCUACUGCGGGAGGAUGAGGUCGCCAUGGCUUUCUUAGAGGAAUUUUACGUCUCAGUAUCAGAUGAUACAAGAACGAUUGCUUCUCUGAAGGAUCAACUUCCUGAGCUGGAGAGAAUAGUGAAGCAGUUGUCAGAUGAUGGGAAAGGACAAAAAAAACACAAAGUGCUUUUACGACAGUUCAGUACUGGGGAUGAGAGACUGCAAAAGCGUCAGCCCAUAAGAAGCACAGAUGAAAUUCUUUUCAAGGUGUACUGCAUCGAUCACACAUACACCACCAUACGCGUACAAGUGUCUGCCUCGGUGAAGGAAGUGCUGUCUGCCGUGGCGGAUAAACUGGGCUCCGGAGAAAGCCUGAUACUUGUAAAGAUCAGUUCUGCGGGAGAGAAAGUUGUUGUCAAGCCAAAUGACGUAUCUGUGUUUACAUCUCUCACUGUGAAUGGACGGCUCUUUGCUUGUCCUCGAGAUCAGUUUGAUUCGUUGACACCACUUCAGGAACAGGAGGGCCCAUCUACCGGUACUAUGUCAACAUUUGAACUUAUGAGCUCGAAAGACUUAGCUUACCAGAUGACAAUCCAUGACUGGGAUCUCUUCAACUGUGUUCAUGAGCUGGAGCUCAUCUAUCACACCUUUGGACGGCACAAUUUUAAAAAGACAACAGCCAAUUUGGACCUCUUCCUGAGACGUUUCAAUGAAAUCCAAUUCUGGGUUGUGACAGAAAUUUCCCUGUGCCCUCAGCUCAGCAAGAGGGUGCAACUGCUGAAGAAAUUUAUUAAAAUUGCAGCCCAUUGCAAGGAAUACAAAAAUCUAAACUCUUUCUUCGCCAUUGUUAUGGGACUGAGCAAUGUAGCGGUGAGUCGACUGUCAUUAACAUGGGAGAAACUUCCAAGCAAGUUCAAGAAGAUCUAUGCAGAAUUUGAAAAUUUAAUGGACCCAUCUCGAAAUCACCGAGCUUACAGGCUGACCAUAGCUAAGCUGGAACCACCAAUCAUUCCUUUCACACCUUUACUGAUUAAGGACAUGACUUUCACCCAUGAGGGGAAUAAAACUUUUAUCGACCAUCUGAUAAACUUUGAAAAAAUGCGCAUGAUUGCAAAUACAGUAAGAACAAUGAGAUUCUGCCGGAGCAUGCCCUUCAGUCCAGAGGCUUCGCUUGUCAGUAAAAAUCACCAGGAUGUUCGGAAUUACGUGCGGCAGUUCAACGUGAUUGACAAUCAGAGGACGCUAUCUCAAAUGUCACAUCGCCUAGAACCACGGCGCACUUGAGCGGAGCGAGUCAAUUAUCUGUGAUCCUGAUGAUGGAAAUUACUGUGGCAAAUAUAGGGAUUUUCUAUUUCUAUUCUUUCUUAUAUUUAUUUUGCUUUUUUUUUUUUUUUAUAAAUUCCUGUGUCACUGGUUUAAGCAUAUAAUAUAUGUAAAUAUUGUAAAUUGUUAAUGUAGUGAUUAAAUGCAGGCACCAAUAAACUACGUUGGAUGUUAUACAGUUACUGUACUUAGGAUUGUGAUGUUAAAUGACACUUUCAUGGCAGCUAUAGGGUUGUAAAUGUAUACCUCAGUGAUCAGGCUAAAGCAGAGUUUCCCAACCAGUGUGUGACUUUGGCUGUCCGGGCAUGCUGGGAGUUGUAGUUUUGCAACAGCUGGAGGCACACUGGUUGGGAAACACUGGGCUAGAGGAUAUCCAGUGGCAUUUAUUUCCGACUGAAGCUUGAGUGCUUAAAGAGUACCUGUCACCAAACCAUAUUUUCUAAACUAACUUAGAUUAUAUUCCCUAACUACUCCUAACACCCUUCCUGCCCUUAAAAAAAUAAUUCCAAGCUUUAAAAAGCUGUGUAUCAUACCUUUACCCUUGCUCACAUUGUGUGAGUUCCUGGCAGGAGGAAGUGGGCAUUCCCCAGCAGGCGCAAUGUCACUGAAACCUGCGAGAGCUGUGCCUCGCCAUGCCCGCACCCACUUUCUGAGUUUGGUCUCCUACCAGGCCGGGAGGAGUCCAAACACACUGUUUGACUUGUAGCAGGGAACAGAACAGAACCACCUAGUGGCCAUUUUUUCAAUCACAUUAAAAACAUAUAAAGGUUGAGAAUUUUAACGGCAAGUAAAAAGCAAAGUGUAUUCUAAUUACAUAAAGAACAUUAUAUUAAAAGUUUAGUUUGGCGACAGGUACUCUUUAAUAAUGAAUAGUGCCACAAAGUUUGCUGGUCAGAGAUAGGUCCCGUACAAAGGCAUCAGUAAAAUUUAGAGAACUGCUUGCCAAAAAAUACUUUUCAUGUAUUCUGGACUCGAUCGGCAUGAUUGGAACUUUUGUUUACUUGUUGUAAUUUUCUUUUUUUAUGUUACUGUUUGAAAUGAAAAAAUCCUUUGAACGUGAUAGACUACUACCAUCCACAUGCAGAACCAGAAACAUGUCAUACGCACACAUACAGGAAAAGGCUGAACUUUUCCCAGAGUAUAAGGCCUUGUUCACACUGCUAAAUCAAAGCUGAAAUUUAGCUUGUCCACUCACAAUUGAAUACGCCGCUCUUUUCAGAGUUGUGCAGAAUUUUUUUUAAUUAUGUGCAGAAUUUAAACAAAUUUGGUACGGAAUUGCAAUAGAAAUUCUGCUGCAGAAAUUCAGCACAGAAUAAGGGUCGCUCCGGAGCUCCCCUGCAGAAAAUACCGUGCAGCAGCCUCCCAUUGCUUUCAAUGGGAUUCUGCUACACCAUUUACCCUACAAAAAUGCCGGACCUCAGACUCUGGUGAAAGAAUGAACCUGUUUUAUUCUUUCAGCGGAAUGUGAUUGGAAAUGCGGCGCAUUUCAGAGCAGUCCUAGAGACGACAUUCUGUCUGCACCUGCAGUCUGCGCAAUGUCUUCCGGAGAUUUUAUGCCACAAAAAUGAUGCCGUGUGAACAUAGCUUAAUGCAGGACAGGACCUCCAGAUGUUCUUUGUAACUUUACUCUAUUCUAUAUCUACAGGCCGAGAUUCCAUAAUGUUAAUGAGCCAUUAUGGUUAUGGUCAGGAAAAAAAAGUAGUUCUGCCCCUUUUGGACCAUUUGCAUGCAAGACCAGACACUACCAGCAAGAGAAGAGAGUGAAAAUGCCAACCAAUGUGCCACCACCAGCUGUUCCAAAAUACAACUGCCAGUAUGCAAUGGACAGCCAAAGGCAUGCUGGGAGUUGUAGUUUUUUAACAGCUGGCGGCACGCCGGCUGAGAAACACUGAUCUAGGAGAACACGGUAGAUGAUGGUGUUCAUUAAAGGACAAGUAUCAUGUAAAAAAGGUAUCCCCUAUCCGAAGGCUAGGGAAUAAGUUUUAGAUCAUGGGGGGGU